AUGACUCAACAAGGACCAGCUUUUGAUGUUAAUGCAAUGACCUUGACCAGAUGGGUCUUGGCUCAGCAAAGGACGGCACCUGGAGCGACUGGGGAUCUAACAUACCUUUUAAAUUCUAUCCAAACAGCAGUAAAGGCCAUACAAUCGGCCGUGAGAAAAGCGGGUAUAGCUAAACUCCAUGGAAUCUCAGGCGACACUAACGUCCAAGGCGAACAGGUCAAGAAGCUUGACGUGUUAUCAAAUGACUUGUUUAUCAACGUACUGCAGUCAUCCUUUACCACCUGUCUUUUGGUUUCUGAAGAAAAUCCAUCCGUUAUACAGGUAGAAACCGAAAAACGUGGAAAAUACGUAGUAUGCUUUGACCCGUUAGACGGUUCCUCCAAUAUUGAUUGCCUCGUGUCAGUUGGAUCUAUUUUCUGCAUCUACAAGAAAACAUCAGAUGGCGAACCAUCAGAAUCGGAUGCGCUCCGACCAGGACGAGAACUGGUCGCCGCUGGGUACGCUCUAUACGGCUCAGCCACAAUGAUGGUACUUGCUCUUGGAAAGGGAAAGGGCGUAAAUGGAUUCAUGUAUGAUCCGUCCAUAGGAGAGUUUAUUUUGACUGACCCUAAUAUGCGCAUUCCGGAGAAGGGCAACAUCUACUCUAUUAAUGAAGGUUACGCAGCGGAGUGGGACAAUGGACUAAAAAACUAUAUCGAAACUAAGAAGCAGCCUAAAACAGGAAAGGCCUACGGCGCAAGAUAUGUGGGUUCCAUGGUGGCCGACGUGCACAGAACCAUCAAAUACGGUGGUAUUUUCAUGUACCCAGCUACAAAAUCUGCACCGAACGGAAAAUUGCGCCUUCUGUAUGAAUGUAACCCAAUGUCCUUUAUAGUAACGGAAGCGGGGGGCUUUGCUACAAAUGGCAAAAUUCCUAUUCUGGACAUUCAACCUACAUCAAUCCACGAACGAGCGCCCUGCUAUCUCGGCUCUAAGAAAGACGUGGAAGAACUUUUGCAACAUUUGACUGCGUAA